AUGCCGCACAAACGUGCCAAACGAGCUGUUCGCGAACGAGAGAGAUCCCUGAAAGGUGACGAUCUGGCACCAAAGCACUUUGGUAAUGAGGAGACGGUGCCAAAGUCUGUAGCUCGCAUUCUUAAUGCCGCAAAAAUCCGUCUCGAAUUCAGAGAGAAGAAGCGGAAGAUCGAUGAGCCCAACGGCGAUGAAAGCCCUCAGCUGAAACGAAGACGGCUGGCCAAUGAUGUAAACAAUCGGAAGGAGGGGAUGCUAAAGAUUCAGCCAGGAGAAACUAUAGCUCAUUUUAACAAGCGAGUCGAGAGUAGCAUGAUGCCGCUCAUUAGAACAGCGAUGCAGCAGUCAUCGGCCCAGGUCCGGAAAGUCCAGAAGCGUGAAAUUGAGCAGGGAGUGUCCAAGCCUGCUGCACAGGUCACGACGAUGAUUAAUAACGCAAGCCGCGCAGACGUUUCAAAUCCAUCGCCACCCACUUCGACCAGCACACCCCCUAGCCGCGCGGAUGCUUCAAAUCUAUCACCGCCCACAUUGACCAGCACGUCCCAGCGGCAGCCUCGUGAUAAGCCCAAGGAGUUUCGUGUAUCUUCAACCUCAGCACCGCGCCGCCUUAAUGAUAUUGCGCAAGAACCGCCACGAUUUGGUAAACUGCCUCGGGGUGCCCGAUCAGACAAAGACUCUUCGAAAGAGAAAGUCACAGGGAUACUGAGUAUGGCACAAAAGGCGAUGAUGGAAGAAGAAAGAGAAAAUGUCAUUAAACGUUACCGGGAACUUAAAGCCAAGAAGUUGCGUAGUGAUUGUAGCGGCGCAAUGGGCGGGUGA